AGAAAUGAAAAGAAAAGCUGAGAGAUGCUUCUAAUUUCAUCAAGUUUAGCUAAAACAUCUGCUGAAAAUAAUUCCCUUUAAUUCAAAAUAAUCAAUGAACAACAUAUAAGUAGUUUUUCUACUCCUAAUCAAAACAGUCAGAAAUGUCUUGACAUAAUUGAGUGGGACCAAAACCAUUGCAGAACUGCUGUGAUAAGAAAACCAGAUGGUCCUACUGCAUCAGACUGUCCAGCUUCUUGAUAAGUAACCAUGAAACCUUCGGGGAAUCGUUCAGUAGCAGCUCACACACACAAUAAACCUCAUUUGGAUUCACACACUGAAAUCCUCUGAGAGCCAAUUGAAAGCUUUCAUCCCCCAUCUCCAUCCCGUCCCCAUGGUAACGCCAUGGGUGUAAUGUGUGCGCUUUAGAACCAGAGACUGUCUGCAGACAAAGAGGUGACUAUGUGUGUGAAAUGUGAAUGUCCUCCCUGCUGCUUGUGUUCCAGAGCAAUUUACUGGUGGAUCACACUUAUUCUAAUGCUGAAUGUUUAGCUUAAAGCUAAUCCUGCGUGUUUGUUGGUAAAGGGUGAUUCGGUUUAUCGAUCGGAGGUCAGAACCAUGAGGUGUCUUCUCUCUAACACAUCUUCACACUUUUCUUCACACUAUUUUCUGAAGUGAGCAGAGCAGAGAAAAGAUAGAGACACUCGCUCUCUUUAUGUCAGGAAAGCCAGCUCAUGCCAGCGCUGCAGCCUGGAGACAGCCAAUCACGGCGCUGCUCAGGCUUCCCUGCAUAGCAACGAGCCGGAGAUGGAGACAGGCAUCGCAGACAGGAGGGGGGGCCCCGCGGCUUAGUGGGGCCGCAACCAGAACCAGAUGAGUCUAGAGGCGGAGAGCUACUGUCUUACGUGACUGGUCCAGUCCAGCAGCUGCAGUUCUCUGGGGUUUAACUCAGUUCAGUGCAGUGUCUCAGACACUAGUCUGUCUCAUGGUUAUGGCUUCGGCAAAAUGCUGUGAUGAAAGUAUUACUUCAGCUAAAAGCCUAUGGCCACCAAACUCCAGGUCAAGUUCUGCUUCACACUCUCUCCAAGAAUAAGAAUAAGAAAAGCUUGGGGGAAACUAUCUGAGGCCAGUAUGGCCACAAACUAAAUGAAGAAGCAAAGAGACAGGCUGGCACAAUAAACUAAAUAAGAAAGCUGAGUAUCUAGUUUAGGACCAGUCUGAAGCUGAUGUCAGAGCAGGUGAAGCUGUAGGUUCACAUGCUGCUUCUUCAGCUGUCCUGCAGCUCAUUAACCAUGUCUUGGUCUGGACUCCACAGAGCUCGUCAGUCUGUGAGCAGCCAAGCGUCUCCUCCGCUGACAGAGCAAAAUAUGGAGACAAACUGGUCGAACCAGAAACAGAAGACACAGAGACGCAGGUUCCAGCCGGCUCUGAUCCGUCGACACCUUUGCUUGGACGCUUGAACUCACAUACGUGGAAGAAGCGCAACGCUCCGACAGAACUGAACUGGGACCAGAUUUGCUUUGGACAAGCCUGAACCGGAAUGGGAACGUUACAGAGGAACUUGACUUCAAAUCUCAGAGCUGACGUCUUUGUUUGCCGUGUUCAGAGGAUUCAGAGGUUGUGGACACAUAAUUGACAUGUAUGUGACUUCUUUUUCCUGUGUUCAGUAUUACAUUUAACACCUCACUGUUGAUCAUAGCAGACAUGAAUUAAAGAAGCCUUUUACAGCAAAGGACAGAGGAAACUGAGAAUGAGUCUAGUCCUGAAAGACUUUACAGUGUGUCCGCAGAAGGACAAUUUAAUGAGUGAAGAAGAAGACUGUCCUCAGACGGAGCGAAGGACGCUCCACCCCCUGACUCUCCUGAAAGACGACCUGCUGAAGGCUUUCAAGACGCAACAUGAAGCUCUUAAACCAGAGAAAAGGGUUGACCACCUGAGCCUCUUCAAAGACGACCUCAAUCACUUUAAAGAUGAUCUUUCCAAUCUUUUCAGAUUUGGUCUUUCAGUGGAAAAAGAGAAAAAGAAAGACUCCAAAAUAGCAGUUGUGACAGACGGAGACAACAGCAAAUGUUUAAGGAAAGAGGAACAACUAGACUGGGGUUUUAGGGAAACUCUGUCACAGCAGAACAAAGACAGCGGCACAGGAGACGGACUGAAUCAGCCUGAGCUUAUCGGACUGGGUCCAAAUUCAUCGGAACCGACUCAGGAGAGGCUGAAUCCAGGAAGAACCACGUGCAUUUCCUGUCAAACAACCGGUUUCAAUUAUCUGGAUCACGCUGGGUCAAAUCCGUCUCUGACUGGAGAGUUGGACAAUUGCAGCAGCAACUUUCACCAAAAAGAGGACAAAGACACAGAUAAUGGGAUGAAAGAUCAGAAAAGGACAGAAACACCUGGAGACGACCCGUCCACUCAGACAGAGGAGAAACCCUGCAUCAGUGUCCUGAAGCUUCUGAAAGAGGACGUCAGCUUCAGCUUGUCCAGAGACGGCACAGAUCAGCCAGCAGAGACAUCGCUCAGCUGCCUGAGCCAGAAACGACAAGAACACUUUACAUUCAAACGUACAAAGCAGAAAGACGAGGAAGACAAAAUAGAAGUCCUGAAAUCUGAAAGGAAAGAUGAUCCCUUGAAAAAUCUGUUCAAGAAAGACCAAAAUACUGGUAUAACUUUGGCAAACAGAGGGGAAGUUCUGACAGAGAGGAAAGAGGAACAACCACUCUGUGGUUUUAAGCAAAGCCUAUCAGAGCUCGACAAAGACAAGACUGAGAGAAGCAACAACAAUAAAAGCAGGAGAAAUGAAGCAAAGGACAGCGUCCCGGACACAAGCACACCCCAGGACAAUUCAGGAAUCUGUGACAUGAUGGAUGCAUCCAGCAGGGCCCCAGGCUUGUUCAAGGCUCUGUUCAGGAGAGAGCAAAUGCCCGUAAUGACUCCUGACGAAGCAGACACCAGUCAGCGGGUUCACAGCGAGGAACAGCUGGACCGUCCCCCCACGCAAACUCCGUCACAGCAGAACCGAUACAACAACCAAACGAAUCCAAAUGCAUCAGAGGCAGGUUUCCCUCAAACACCACAAGCAGGAAGGAUGAUGUCUAGAACCAAAACAGCUGUGGCUGUAGAGGCACCUUCACUCGACAACAACCACAGAGAUUCUGAAAACCAGGGGGGAAUGACGAUCAGCUCCCUGACUCUGCUUAAGGAGGACUUUCAUCACUUCAGAAACGAUCUACUCAGCGUAUUUAGAUUCGGACUUUCGAAGGACAAAGACAACAAGGAAGACUCGUCCAAAGCACAAAAGCUUGUUGGGAGAAAUGGUAAACUGGACUUUGGUCAUAGAAUAAACUUCCCAGAGCAGAACAAGGAGACAUUCAUCACUGAAACCAGGAAUCAUGCCAUGACGGACACAACAGAUCCAUCGGACCCAGAACUGUCACACAGAGUUCGGUUCCCGGUAGCCGACGAACCAAAGGUCGCUACAGACGUCGGGCCUUCGCCUGGCGUCAGCCUGUUCAGUCCUAGACGCAACGCCAUGGGGUCUCAGUUAGGAGAAGAUCUGUGGUCACCGAAGAACUUUGCCACCUAUUUGACCUUUGACCCCAACACUGCCAACUCUGAGCUCCAUCUCAGCGAUGGCAACAGGAGAGCGACGCGGAUGUGGUCAGACCAGCGACCUUCGGAUCACCCGGAGCGCUUCCUGCAUUGCCCUCAGGUCCUGUGCAGGGAGGGGCUGCUGGACUCGGUGUACUGGGAGGCAGAGUGGAGCGGCGGCGCAGACAUCGGCCUCGCCUACAACAGCAUCUCCAGAGAUGGAGACACCAAGCGCUGCCUGCUGGGACACAACACUCAGUCCUGGAGCCUGGAGUGCUCAGAGGGAAGCUACACCCCGAGCUACAACGGAAGGAGGCUCCGGUCCGUCUCACCUCAGCCCUUCACACGGAGAGUCGGGGUUCACCUGGACUGGUCUGCAGGAACUCUGUCCUUCUACUGCGUCUCUCAGGACGCCAUGGUCCUCCUCCACACCUUCACCUCCACCUUCACUGAGCCUCUGUACGCUGCCUUUUGGAUCUGGGCCUACGAAGGCUCAGUGUUGCUGCGUCAGGUGGAGCUUGCAUGGGAGCGACUCCAGUGAAGCCUACCACAACCACUGUAACAAACACUGGUGUUACGUCGACAUAGUGGUCGAAGGAACCGUGAAGAACCUGCAGCAGCUGACCUGGAGUCAGCAAGACCUGGACCGACUCUGACCACCAGGGGCCUUCGUAGAGCCUACAACCUGCUUUUAUGGUCUCUUUCUGAUUUGUGUUUUGCUUCUUAAUUUUACAUUUUUAUUAAAUUGACAUUUUCAAAAUGUCUCUCAAA